CCUGGACAAGCUGAUUCGUAUCUACGGUGGCGACACGUGGAGGGCCUUUAUGGACCACCCCACCCUCUUCCUCUUCGUGCGCGACAAGACACAUAUCAACAGGUGAGCGAGUGGGUGGGCGCAGCAUACCCCCAUCCCUCUGUGAGUGUGUCUGAACACACAUCGAUUCACGUGUGUGUGGUUGUGUGGCAGGUGGCUGGACGGGACGGCCUUCGUGGGGUUGUGUCUGUCGUGUGUGGUGCUGUGGUACGGCGGGGCCAACCUGUGUGUGCUGUUCGCCAUGUUGGCGUCGGCCAGCGGUUUUAGUCAGUGUAUAUGUGGCCGCCUCCCCCUUGCGUGGAGUGAGUAGCAGAAAUGGUGGUGGGUAGGGGUAGCAAUCAACAUCCAGGUGUUCGCUGUCGAGGUGACAGGUGACGACACCGUUGGCUUUUUGCAGCGCUUGCAGGUGUGUGUGUAGUGUUUGAGUGAGGUGUCGAGUAGCUCUACAUGGUGACCGGUCAAUUCCCUGCCCGUCUCUAUAUGGGCCAGCAGGUGUGUAUUGGUCUGCCCGGGGGUCUGCUGGUUCCAUUCCCCUGUCUCAUCUGGCUUGUUUGAUUGCAAGACAUGCUCGUGUUUGUACACACCCUCAUUUCCAUGACAGAGAGCGUGUGUGAGGGUGUGUAUAGAAAUGAAUGACAUACAAGAGUCG